CCCUUUAAGCACUGAGGGAAAAAACCCGGCCAUCAUGACGUCAGGAGUAAAACCUGUCCACUGAAAAGUGAACUGUUUGUCGCGUUAGCGGUAUCCGACUUUUCUUCUUUAUUACCUAGCUUUUAGUUGGUCGUUUCAGUAUUUUUAAGUAGAGUUGUAAGGUUUCGUGUUAUUAAUUGUGAAAGCCUAGUGUUGUAGCCAACUUAAAGGAUGUUUUACUGAAGUUCCUGACGCAUUUUCUUCUUUUUUUUGAGGAACCGGUGGAAGGCGGACACCACCAGAGAUGGAUAGGCUAACUGAUAGCUCAGUUGUUAGCCGAGACUCAUAGAUCAUAGCAUAGGCUCUAGCUAGCAUGCUAACAACUAGCUAAUCGGUCAUUUUUCGGCUAACCCAGUCACUUUGUUAACUUGUGAUAUCGACGUUACUAUCUGCUUGUUUCUUGGCCUUACUUCAACACGUUGGUGGCGGAUAGUUUGAGGUUCAGCUCAGACUACAAACAUGAUAUCCAAAGUUAAAAACCAGUUUCAAAACCCGGGCGGGCAGCAGAAUCCCACGGGCCAGUUCGUCCCCUUUCACCCGAGACCCAACCUACAGAUCAAGAAGAACGCCAUAACAGACGACUACAAAAUAACCAGCCAGGUGUUGGGACUGGGGAUCAAUGGCAAGGUGCUGGAAAUCUUCCAGAAGAAUACCGAGGACAAGUACGCGCUAAAGAUGCUACAGGACUGUCCCAAGGCCCGCAGGGAAGUGGAGCUUCACUGGAGGGCGUCACCUUGUGCUAACAUCGUUCGCAUUGUUGAUGUUUAUGAGAACCUCUAUCAGGGCAGGAAGUGUCUGCUGAUUGUCAUGGAGUGCAUGGAUGGUGGUGAGCUUUUUAGUCGAAUCCAGGACAGAGGAGACCAGGCCUUCACAGAGAAAGAGGCAUCUGAUAUUAUGAAGAGUAUAGGAGAGGCCAUACAGUUUUUGCAUGCGAUCAACAUUGCACACAGAGAUGUUAAGCCAGAGAAUUUGCUGUAUUCUUCGAAGAGGCCAAGUGCUCUCCUCAAACUCACAGACUUCGGCUUUGCCAAGGAAACCACCUCACACAAUUCGCUAAACACUCCCUGCUAUACACCCUACUAUGUUGCUCCGGAGGUUCUUGGCCCAGAGAAAUAUGACAAGUCAUGUGACAUGUGGUCGUUGGGUGUCAUUAUGUAUAUCCUGUUGUGUGGGUAUCCUCCGUUUUAUUCUAACCACGGCCUAGCCAUCUCUCCUGGGAUGAAGAAGAGGAUCAGGAUGGGCCAGUAUGAAUUCCCCAAUCCUGAAUGGUCUGACGUAUCAGAAGAAGCUAAACAGCUGAUCAGGACACUUCUAAAGACCGAGCCGACCCAAAGGAUGACCAUCACAGAGUUCAUGAAUCAUCCAUGGAUCAAUCAAUCAAUGGAGGUUCCUCAGACCCCACUCCACACCAGCCGGGUUUUAAAGGAGGAGAGGGAUGCAUGGGAGGAAGUCAAGGAGGAAAUGACCAGUGCCUUGGCAACAAUGAGAGUCGACUACGAGCAAAUCAAAAUCAAGACCAUUGAAGACUCGACCAAUCCACUGCUAACAAAAAGAAGGAAGAAAGCCAAUAAUACCACGCAAGACCCGAAGUCUGCUGCCCACUGAAAGAUGCACGCUUGCAUGCACAAACACAAGUUGUGAAAAGGAAGCAAUAAUUUGUCGACACGUCGAAUUGCAUGGAUUUUUUUUCAGUGUUUUUUUUCCCCUCCUUGGCAAAUUCUAUUGUUUUGUAUUUGUGUUUGUUUUUGUUACUGUACCAUUUUAAAAAAAGCUCAUUUUGCUCUGGCAGAAUGAGUCGAUUUUUUUGUGUGUUUUUACACCAGUUUUGAGAUUACGAAAUCCAGAAGGUAUCAGGGUGUGUACUCAGAGGGGCUUGAAUGUUGGAACAAAACAUGAAAGCCUUAGCAUUAGCAGUAGUUCUUAGUCCACUGCCCUACUCUAGUUUCAGCCCCCUAACCUGUGAAUGUCAUCACAUGGCUAAAAUCCCAAAAAUUAGAAACAAGGGAAGUUUUUUUUCUUGUUGUUCAUGUAAAGCAAGCAGAUGUAUUUUGAACUGACAAGUGGAAUGUAAAGACUUUGUCCCUGACUGUAGCUGAAAAUAGACCGAUUUCUGAGAUUUGACCAGGGAGUGUCUUUUAGGUCCACUUUGUUUAUGAAUGUUGAGUUGAGGCCUCUCACAAGGACCCUGUACCACUCAAACAGCGCACCCCACCUACCUAAAUCUAUGCUUGUUUUAAUUUUCWGGUAAAUAGUUUUAGGGCAGAGCAAAAAAGGCUGUUUUAAAAUCCCAAAAACUGUUUUUUUUCUCUUGCUUUGUAGCUUAUGGGAGAGUCGGAGGCAGAUGAAACUGUAUUUUUUCAUAGAUUUUAUGAACAUUUUAGCACAGGCCAUACAGAGUAUUGCUAAUCGGCAAGUGGCUUUUAACCCUUUUCCAUUUUUGGUUCAUGUUUUUACCAUUGUUACCUUUCAGAAUAUAAAAAAGGAUGUAUUAGUUUUCAGGUUAGUGCUAUGCAGAUGUUUGUCAGCCUGAAAUGCUAAUUUUGUUCUUGUUUUUUUUUUUUUUUCCCUGAAUUUAAUUGUUUCGGGGCGGGGGCUCUCAAGCAACAGUAAGGGUGUGCGUGCGUGCGUGCGUGCGUGUGUGUGUGUGUGUGCGUGUGUGUAUUUUGUAAGCAGUAGCACCACAUGUGUAGUGCAGAUUGGGCACUUGAAGUUUCUGUAGGUUGCACCAGCCCAACAUUCAGGAGCCUCUGCUUCAUAUAACCUGGUCCAAUGCAGUUCUUACAGUACUGAAAGGAAAUGAAGACUGUGCAGAGUCUGACAUACCACCAGCAACCUUUCAUCUCACUCACAGGAAAUGUUAUUUAUUUUCAUUUUUGGGCUUCGAUUUUUCAUCUUACUUAGUUUUGUCCAUGGGUCGGACACGUCCCAGCUCACUUGGGAUCAUAGGAAAAGCUUGAUUUGGUCCAGUUUGUAAAAUCACAAUCACAUCAUCUGCAUCACACACACACACACACACACACACAAAAUAAUAAUCUCACAGUGAAAAUGUUAAUUGAAUGUUUGUGACUUUUUUCCCCCUCUUGUCACAUUUUUGUAGUAGAAGCACAGAUGUGUUUGUCUGUACUCAUCUUUGAGUCUCCUCAGCUCCACCUGCCGUACUUUUGACUGCUUCAGCUUUGGAAUAAAAAAAAUAUGGGAAAACAAA